AUGCAAACUCGCUCGUCAACUGGAACCCCACUAAAGCCGCCGAGCCGCUACAUCCAGCCCAAGGCGCAGCCCAAGGCUAAGGUCAAGCCCAGAGCUAAAGCGAGUGGCAAUUGGACGUCAAUACCAAAGGAGAAGGCAAGAUCCAAGGGCCGGGGCACCCGAGUCCAGUCUCGAAAAGUAAAGGCGGCACAACAGAUUCACCAACCAAAGGAUCAUGACCAUGAACUAUUAUCCUCGUCGCCUUACGGUGUUCUAACUGGUGUGGGUCUCAACCAUCUCAAUGUCGCUCCUGGAUGUGCUGACACUUCUUGGAAUGGUACCGCUCGUGAAGGGAGCGAAAAGCGGCGGAGAGAGGAUCUACCAGAACAU